UGACUGAAAUUGAAAAAGCAUGACCCUCCCCCAUUGUCCUAUAGGUAACAAUUGUGUACAUUUCGACUGCUCCCUAAUGUAAAUCUCUCUCUCUAGUCUCCCAAUAUUGAUGGUUUAACACAUAAUACACUGUAGCUUACAUCUAAAACACAAUCGAUUGGGUACCACAUUCACCGACGGGGAGACGCGCGCAAAGCUACGGGUAGAUGGCUAGAUGCUCACAAACAUCAACAGAGACAGAGAGAGUGAGAGACAGACAUAACGUGAUAGACAUCAAGAGACGUUUUGGAAUCAAUAAAAACAGAAGAAACAUUGAGAUUCUCCAACAAAGACAUUGGCAAACUAUUCUUACGUUUUGCAUUCUAAGAGUGCGACUCGAUCAAGAACCCUUUGUGGACUGCAACUGAACAGUGAGAAGGCACAGAUCAUAAAAAUUGGAACAAUAAAAACGCUUUGAGAGAAGAAGCUGAACAUUGAUCAUUGUCAUUGAUUGGAUUGGGGUCAAUCAAUUUGUAGGUCAACGUCAAGAAAAUAGAAAGAGUUACCAUGGAAACUAUUCUGUUCUUCCUCUUUUCACUCAUGGUGUAUGUGGCUGUAGUAGCAGACCCAAAUGCUGAGGAUGGUAAAAAGGAAAAGAAAGAGGUGAACCCAUUUGUCUAUGACUAUCAUAGCCUGCGGAUCUGUGGACUGGUCUUUGGCGUGGUACUCUUCACGCUGGGCAUCCUCCUCAUCCUCAGUAAGUCUUCAUACUUCAGCCGAAAAUGUCGCUGCAGUUCCAAUCAGGAGAAGAAGCCCAAGGCCCCUGGAGACGAAGAGGCUACGGCAGAGACCCUAAUCGUGUCCAAGGCUAAGGAGCCAGAGCCAGAGCCUGAAGCUAAGGCUGAAAACUGAGUCAGCCCAAACAGACUGCCCCCCACCUGACCGACGAUCAACCAUAUCUGCCACUGAACCACCAGUGGUGGAAAAAGUACCCAAUUGUCAUACUCAAGUAAAAAUAAAGAUACCUUAAUAGAAAAUGACUCAAGUA